UUGUUUCGUCAAAUUCCCAGCAGAUGGCCAUCGUGAAAAAAGUUUUGUUUACAUCUGUGAAAUAUUCACAAUAAUUUAAACAAUUCAUAAAUUAGCCAUACGAACCGAGGAAAUAUUACAGUUUUUUUUAUAUAAAUGCCCGUUAUUUAAUGUCCGUUGUUUAGAUAAUGAAAUGAUAUGAAUUUAUCCAUACCUGAUUCAGUAUUGGCCAUUCAAGGAUGUCGUCAAUGGAUUCCUCUACUAACACAGCAGUUACGUUUGCGCCACCUUCAACAAGUAAGCGUCUACAACGUGUCGUCACGAUCGUCCGGUAGCUUUUAUUACACGCUCCAUCUAACGACAAUGUGUGCACCGUUUUACACGAGCGAAAAGAGCAAUAGUUGCAAUCCCAAAUGGAAAGAGUUGGAUGCCGAAAGCUUCACGACGCCUUCAGUGUCAGCGUUCGUGAUAAGAAUCUGGGAGGUGCGGCAAAACGAAACGGAUCUAGUGGUACUAACGUGGAUCAUUAAUCUCUCCGGGCUCGUGUACUUGGGAGGCAAGCUGUCCGAGGUGCAGCCCGACUCGUUUAACGAGAACUCUGUGAUAUUUUAUUUGCGCGGCGGUUAUUUCACCAGUUACGUCUCGCUUCGAACCGACCUGCCGAGACCGCUGCAGUUCAUCGACAACGUCAACGUGCUGAGUGACGAAUCGGAGACGAAGGUGUUCAGGGUUACGACUACGAAGAGUUGUAAGAGCGAAAUUAAGUGCAGUUAUACCGUUAGCAAGCUGCAGAAGCUGCACCUGUUGCAGCUGAACAUAAAAAACCAAAGCCUAGAUGUACAAAGUUUACGCGAUAAGAUUAUUAGCAGGUGCGGCUUGUGCAAUAGCGACGAGGUGAAGAAACGGAAUUUCACGAAGCCGCCUAUUCAAAGGCAGGGGUCCCAGUUGUUGACGAUGACCACUUUGAAUAAAAUGCUACAAUGGCAGGAGAAACCGUCAGUCGAGCAGCGGCGGCAGGUUACCAAUCUAACGAAACAAAUCGAAGUUGCCAAGUUCAAAACGAAGUUACUCGCGCACGAGAAGGACAAGAAAGCGGCGCACAUUCGCCAGCUGGUUACGAACUAUACGGCGGCCGUCGACGAAAGUGACGAUCGCGGCCACCACCUGAUGGAAAACUAUCGGAUACUCAGUCGCGACUCGGAAAAACUAAAGGAUUGGUACACGAAACUUAUCCAGUUGAAAGAGUUACAGCUGCACACGAACGCGCAGCUUCAGCAUCGCCGCCAGCAACUCAUGAGCCAGCUCCUAUUUAUGUACCCGAUUAACCAGCUAAGUCCGCAGAAGCAGCUAAUCGGCGGGAUUUAUUUGCCCAAUUCGGAUAUGCUUCACGACUGUUCAGAGGAUGGUCUCGCUGUCGCUUUAGGUUACGUCUCUCAUAUACUACUGAUGUGUUCGUCAUUUCUGCAAGUGCCCCUUCGUUAUAACGUGACGUAUUUCGGUUCACGAUCGUACAUUACCGAUCACAUUAAUGCGGCGUUGUCGGAUCGCGAUAGAGACUUUCCACUGUACGCGAAGGGCAAAGACAAAAUGCAAUUCAAUUACGCCGUCUAUUUACUUAACAAAAACAUCGCGCAAUUGCGUUGGAUCUGCAACCAACAAACUCCCGACUUGCGUGCAACUUUAGCCAACCUACAGCACUUAUUAAAAAGUCCCGACGCGAGCGACGAACUAUCCUCGAGCUGCCGAAGCUUAAAGAAGCUGGACUCGUCCAUAGGCACCUUAUACAAGUCGACCGAUUUUCUGAGCCACUUCGAAAAGCCGUUUCUUGGAUCGGCGUCGAAUAUCUCCGAUCCGAUUCUCGACACCCUCAAACUGGAAUACCAGGAGCAAUCGAUGAGUCCUACGAAUAGGAGCAAGAAAAAAUCCGAGAGCGGUUCGAGACCGGGUCUCGGCGAGAUUCUCGCCAUACCCGAGGCGUACAUGACGCAGGAGAUCACCUCGAACGCUUUCAAAUCGUUUACGAACACCGAGAAAUUCAAGCAGUUAGGUUCCGCACAGGAGAGAAUCGAGUCAGAUUCGAAAACGUCCAGCACCAAAUCGACUUAUAGCGUAAUAUCGUCAGGUCACAACGUCGUCGAAGGUUUGGAAAACAUCGAGCAGGGAACCGACAUCCUGCACUCCGCCCUAAAUCUCGCCUCCGAUGCCGGCGCUCAGCCGAUCGACGCGAAAACUGUCAUCGUCGAGGAGCGCCCCCGAAGGGACAACUACGAUAAGCUGUUAAAACAGAACCGCCGCAUCAGUCGAUCGGUCGGCUCGAUCACUGAGGAGGACUUCGAUCUUCAUUCCAGUCUGGAGUUGGGUUCCGAUCCUUUGAUCAACGUGUCGGCGGAGGGAAGCAAGGGUUUCGAUAGGGGUCGGCUCGACGACGGUCAACAGGAGUUCCUGCAGAAGUGGCUCGAUAGCGGGCCGGCCUUGGUCUGUUCCGAGGAAAAUUUAUACCCGGACGAAAUUUUGGGGAGUACAGCCGCCAUUUCCAAUUCGGAUAGUCCCCUAAGUCUACGUACUGACGCACUGUUAACAACGACAUCAUUUAAUUUAAUUAAGCCGAAGUGAUGAUCGACAAAUGUAUUUAAUUCUUAUUUAUGAAAGUUUAUUAAUGUUUGUUAUUAUUUUAUUAGUACUGUAUAUAAUACUGCUGUACAAACAUGUAUUAUAAACAUUGAACCAUUC